CCCGAUGGCCAACGUGGAACCAAUCGGAACCGUUCGAAAAAAUUUCGGCUGUCGAGUAAAGUUAUCCUGGGAAACGUAACUCAAAUAUAUUUCCUUUCGAAUAGAGACGGACCUUGAAUUAACGCAAUAAUUACAUAAAUAAGGGGAAAUUAAAAAAAUGUGUAUAUUUAUCUGACGUAUAUAUUUUUCUGUGAUGCCAUACGCUCCUAAUUAAAAACGACUUCACAUGAAGGUUGAUCUUAAAUCGAUUAAAAUCGCGUUGAUCGGAAGUGCUAUUAGUAGCCUUGGAUAAAACAUCUGAUUCGGGAUAGUGGUGUGUGUAUGUACUUAAUUUCACUUAAUUAACGAAGCAAUCAAAUAUUUUCACUAUUAUAUUGUAUCACGGGUAUUAACAAGGAAGUCUGCCUGUAUGGAGCUGAUAAUAUUAGCGCGUGACACAUUUAUGAAGCCGUCUCACUCGUAAUCGGUCACGCUUGUUAUGCGCUCGUCGAGAUAUAUCGUCGGUCCGGGUCCGAAUUGUAGUAACCUUGAAUAUAUUCACGAUCGCGAAUCCGCAUCAGAGGUGAGCGCAGGGAGAGAGAGUCUAGGACGGUUUCCUCCGCUGAAUCCUCCGCGGAUCUUGUCUAUUGGAUCGCGCGAAGAGGGGCGCGAAGCUGUCAUUGAGGAAGCUGGAGCGCUAACCUAAGAUGCGAGCAUCCGUGAACGCGCUUCUACCGUUGGGAAUUUAUCUGUUGCAUUGGUUACUCGACACGGUAGCGGCCACUGGCGGGGCGCUCGAUUCCACCCCGACCUUUCAAACCGGUGCCUCGAGCACUUCACAUUCCAAGAUAGCAGCGUUUUCCGCUACCCUCACCGAUGGACUGGCCCAGGCUGUGGCCCACGAAUCCACUGCGGAUACUUGUAACGACGACCUAGCUUGUAUCACUAUGGCUUCGCAUGAUCGUCUGGGCUUAGAAGCUAUAAAGUCUCUCCACAGUCAAUUGGAUGACGACGCUAAUGGAAACGUUGAUCUAUCCGAAUCGGAUGAUUUUUUAAGAGAAGAACUACAAUAUGAAGCCGGUUAUGAAAGGAGGCAAAGGGCUUUCCAUCAUAAUGACGAUAUGCAUAUCAGCGUACGAGAGCUCUGGGAGGCUUGGUUACGAUCAGAAGUUCAUAACUGGACAAUAGAACAAACAUCAGAAUGGUUAACUUCCAAUGUUGAGCUUCCUCAAUAUGUUCCUACUUUUAUACAGCAUCGUGUAACUGGUGCUACGCUUCCUCGAUUAGCUGUGAACAAUAUGCAUUAUCUUAAUAAUGUUCUGGGUAUUAAAGAUCCUAUUCACAAACAGAAAAUUGCUUUAAAAGCAAUGGAUGUUGUUCUCUUUGGGCCUCCUAAAGAUGUUGGGCACAGCAUCAAAGACUUAGUAUUAGUUACACUGUUAUUUGGAGCACUUAUUGGAUGUUGGUAUGCAUAUCAACAAAAGAAAAGUUCCCAAAAGGAUCUCCAUAGAAUGAUGAAAGAUAUGGAAAGUUUGCAUAAAGCAGAACUUGCACUAGAAAAUUUACAGAAAGAGCUGGAGAGAGCAAGAAUGGAGCAAGAAAGUGCAACUACUGAGAAACAAAACUUGGAAAAACGUUUGCAAGAUGAAAGUUUGGGAUUACAUACUUCAUAUUCAGAUCUUGAAGUAUCACAAUUAAAAGCAGAAAUUGAAAUGCUAAAGCUGGAAUUACAACGGGCAGAGGGUGAACUUGAAGAUAGAUGCUGGUCACCACCAGCUGGACUGCAACAUUGGCUACAAUUAACUCAUGAAAUUGAGAACAAAGCAUAUACACAUAAAAAGAUAGCAGCUGAAAAACAGCUUCAACAAGCACGAGAAGCGUGCGAAAAAUUACGAAAGAAACGUUCCAGUUUGGUAGGUGCCUUUGUUUCGACUCAUGGAAAAUCCAUUGAUGAAGUUGAUAAGAGUAUAGUUGAAGCAAGGACUUCACUGAACGAAGUAACAAAUGAGCUGAAAGAAAGAGUACAUCGUUGGAAGCAAAUUGAAUUGCUUUGUGGUUUCAAUAUAAUCAACAAUAAUGGAUUAAGCUAUUUAGAGACCGUUUUGUAUAGAGGAACACCUAAUGGUAGAGGUCUUGGAUUAAGAGGACGACUUAGUAGCCAAGAUGAUUUAGAUGAUGAAGCAAGUUCAGUGUACACGCCAUCAUCAGUCAGUGCAGUUGCUACAGGUAUUUUGGAGAACUCAGCGUGGAAGGAGUCAUCGAUACCACCCGCUGGUCGAUUUGGAAAUGAACUCUCCGAUUCAUCAAGCAGUGAAGCGGAAAAGGAACUUGGAGGUGUCCAUUUCAUGGUAGGCGAUGGACCGGAAGAGCCCGCUGCAGGAAAGAUUGUAGUGCCGUGCAAAGAGAAAUCCGGCAUUACACGGUCUUAUAGUCAGGAUACAAACGUGCUGAGCGAGGACAAGACUUCGUCUUCAUUCCUGCCGAAAACAUCAUACUCGGAAAAUGCGCUCGACAUCUCCGACAGAUCCUGCCGUCCUGCAAUAACAGCAACGACAACGACGACUACGACAACGAGCGUCAAAAAACCGUUUCGUGAAUUAUCUACAAUAAUGUCGAUUGACGACGAGACGCUCUCGACCGAUUCCAAUUCUACCGCUGACAACGAUGAGCUUAAACGGAGGCGUAGAAAGCUACACUUUCCGGCCUUUAGGAAGAACAAAACUAAAGUUACGUGAUGUUCGCUAGUCACAUAAUAUCUCGUUUGUUACUUAAUUGCUACCCGUUACAAUUAGUUGUGAUCCCGUGAUGUGCACUUAAGAAUUAUUUUAUCAGUAAUUAUUAAUUAUUAGCAACUAUUCUUCGCCUGACACACACAUACACAUACAUUCGUUCUCUCUUUUUUUCGCUCUCUUUUUCUCUUUCUCUCUUGUUUCCUUGUUCCUUCUUCUGGGCGUUUAUAGACUUAUGGAAACGUAAUAAUCAUUUAAAAUGUAUGUUGCCGAUGUUCCUUCUACUUUGCCAAAUUUAAGAUACGCGCGUAAAAUGAUAACGAAAUAUGAGUCAGCGAAUAUAUACUAUGGAAGGACACCCUUAGAUAGAUAGAUUUUUAGAGAUACGCAAUAUUUGAAAAGGAAAGUUCUAGUUCUUAUAAGACAAUAUAUAUUUUCGGUAUGGUAUAUUUUUAAGAAAAGCUAAAAGUUUUCUGAGAGUCGCGAAUUUUUACAAAGUAAGAUUUUUUCACACAAUGAUAGUAAUAAACGCUAGUAAUAAUAAUAAUAAUUAUUAGUAUUUUUAUCGCGAUAUAAUUCCGUAGUUUUAAUUAUUGCGUCUAGGUGCAUACCGGGAUGAGGGACAAAAUUAAUAUUAAAGUAUCACUCUCUCUUUCUCUCUAUCUCUUUCUCGUUUAUACGUUACUACGCUUUUAUCCAAAUAGCCAACUGUCUACGAGAUUGUCAUAAUUAUUGUUCUAUGUACUUGUUGGCAGCAUGACAGCGAUAUGAUUAAUCAUAUUAAUCAACAUGACAGUAAUAUUGAUGACAUGAUUAAUCAAUAUGACUAAUCAUCCUUGGUUAUCUGGAUGGCGAAUAAUGGUACAAAGCAUCAAGAAAUCCUCAAAAGAGGGUCAAGUUGUUAUAUCGUUGAUAUUUUCGGAUACCGUCCGGACACAUACUGGCAAUAUUCGUGUGAUUUAUAUUGGCAAAACGCGAAAAUGCGAAUUUUAUACCUUUGUAUACAAUGUGUAAGUAGAUUGUAAAAUAUUGUGCGAAAUUUUUUAUCGGGAGCGUUUAAAAUAUUUAUCGCGAAGAAAUUUUUUUUCUAUAUCUCUAAUACGGACAUUUCCUAACGAGAACAACGUUGAGAUUCCUAUCUUAAUUCCUACAAACUCUUCAUUCAAAUUACAUGCAUG